CGCGCAUUGAGGCGCAGGUUCGAAUCUCGGGCGCCUCGCUGCGGCUCCCCAACGUCCCGGCCGCCCUCGGGGCGCCCUAGCCCGCGGCUCCGCUCCGCCCUCCGCCCUCCCGUAGCCACCCGCGUGCCGCUCAUCCCCGGCCCAUGGCCAAGCGGCGUGCGGCUGAGCCGCUCACGUUCCGCGUGCCUUGGAAGCGGCUCUUGCUCAGCGACUUCCCCGAGGAGCCGCCGCUCUGGGUCCCGCCGUCUGGGUCGGUUCGGCCCCGCAAACGCCAGGGGGACGCGGGGACCAUGGCGGAGCCGGCGGCUGCGCCCCGCAAACGACGCGGGGGCGGGGACGGCGGCCAGGAGCGGCAGGGCCGCGGCCUGGAGCCGGGAGAGCCACCUCCGGGCGAGCAGGAGGAACCCCGGGUCAGCCGAGCUUCGGGCGGCAGCGGCGACGGGGCGGGGAGCGCGGGCAGCGCAGCCGACGGGGCGCACGUCCAGCCCAGUGAAGAGUUUUGGCAGUAUAAUACAUUCCAGUACUGGAGAAACCCUCUACCACCUAUUGAUGUAGCCGCUCUUGAAGAUGUGAUUGCAGACAGCCUGACGGAAACGCUUCAGGACAAGAAUGAAGUAGUUGAGAUUGACAUGGAGUCCUGACAGGAGGAGCUGAAGAAGCAGGAUUCUUUGAAUUUGAGGAACUAAA